AUGAUAAAUUCAUUAUCAAAUGGUUAUGAAGUUAUCUAUUCUUAUGCACGUUUUUUACCAUCGGUAACCAGAUCUUGUCUGAUAGAGUCACUUGAAGAUAUCGUUGUUCCACCUAUAAGUAAAUUAUUUAAAACUGAAGCUUCGGAUAUGAAAGAAGUAACAACUACUUUAAAUGUAUCCCAGCGUCGAUCUUUUGAAGAUGAAAUGGAGAUAAUUACAGCAGCUCUCGAACAAACAUAUCAAGAUAAAGAGAAUUAA